CCCCGCCGCCGGCUCGCAGAAUAAAACGCUGAUCUCAUGCCCUGCACGGCUGGAGCCCUUGGCUCAGCACCGGGGCUCACCCAGGCAGGCUCCACCACCCCAGUCAGCGGCCAGGAGCUGGAGAAGUACCGGGACAUUGACGAGGACAAGAUCCUGCAGGAGCUGUCAGCUGAGGAGCUGGCACAGCUGGACUUGGAGCUGCUGGAGAUGGACCCCGAGAACAUGCUGCUGCCGGCGGGGCUGCGGCAGCGGGACCAGACACAAAAGAGCCCGACGGGGCCGCUGGACCGGGAGGCCCUGCUGCAGCACCUGGAGAAGCAGGCGCUGGAGGCCGGCGAGCGUGACGACCUGGUGCCCUUCACCGGCGAGAAGAAAGGGAAGCCCUUUGUGCCCAAGAACCCAACACGGGAGAUCCCGCGGGAGGAGCAGAUCACGCUGGAGCCCGAGCUGGAAGAGGCGCUGGCCAACGCCACUGAAGCCGAGAUGUGCGACAUUGCCGCCAUCCUGGGCAUGUACACGCUGAUGAGCAACAAACAGUACUACGAUGCGAUCUGCAGUGGGACCAUCUCCAACACAGAGGGCAUCAACAGCGUGGUGAAGCCUGACACAUACAAGCCGGUGCCGGAUGAGCCCCCAAAUCCCACCAACGUGGAGGAGACGCUGCAGCAGAUCCAGGCCAACAACGGGGCUCUGGAGGACGUCAACCUCAACAACAUCAAGGACAUUCCCAUCGCCACGCUGAAGGCCAUCUGCGAGGCCAUGAAAACCAACACCCACGUCAAAAAGCUCAGCCUCGUAGCCACCCGCAGCAAUGACCCUGUGGCCAGUGCUGUAGCUGAGAUGCUGAUGGAGAACAAGACCCUGCAGAGCCUCAACAUUGAAUCCAACUUCAUCACCAGCACCGGCAUGAUGAACAUCAUCAAGGCCAUGUACCACAACACCACCCUGAGCGAGCUCAAGGUAGACAACCAGUGCCAGAGGCUGGGCGACACGGUGGAGAUGGAGAUGGCCACCAUGCUGGAGCAGUGCCCCUCCGUCGUGCGCUUCGGCUACCACUUCACGCAGCAAGGCCCCCGCGCCCGCGCUGCCAUCGCCAUCACCAAAAACAACGAGCUCCGUCGCAAGCAGAAGAAAACCUAACGACGCCCCCCAAGGCACUAACAAGCUCCGGCUCCUGCUCCCCGGGGCUGCUGUAAAUAAAGAGGACGGA